UGCGGCUGGAGGUGCAGCUCAGUGUCAGGUUGGAGAGGACCAAGGAAGGAGGUGAGAGCCGGACCUAAGACAAGUUGUGUGGUGAAUGGAAAGACGUGUUCAUGGGGACAUGGCUGAGCAGCACUUGCCUGUGGGCCAGGGGGUCCAGAUCCGUUUCAUUGAUGACCUAAAAGAGAACAGGAAGCCGAGGAGCAUAAGGUCCAAGCAUGACUCGUACGGGGUGGCCAUCCGUGUCCAAGGCAUAGACGGACAACCGUUUGUGGUUCUCAACAGCGGAGACAAAACAAAAUCUUCAUAUGGGGUUCAGAUCAAAUCCAACAGCGGUUAUGGAAACACGUCCCCUAACCCCACGCCUGAGUACCAGGGACUCACCACCAAGACAAGCCAGACCGUCCACUCCUUUAGUUCUGAGUCAGACAUACCUGAAAACCCCUAUGGCAAUAGGACAUACCCCCAACCCGGAUCUCAGUACAGCAGUACCUCAGACGAGGAGCAAAACUCCAGACCUCGCAGCAAGCCACGAGCCCUACAGCCAGCACGCAGGGAGGAGCUCCGGAGGUCCCAAUCCCAUGGUUCUUUACUGGAUGCAGAACUGGAGGACUCAUAUGGCUAUGAUGGGCACUACAGUGAGCGUUCCUCCACCCUUGACACUACAUACUCCCAAUCAUCAGGCAGCCGUGGAAGCCUGAAGACAACAGGCAAUGGAGAGACCACGUCUGGCAAAUAUAAGCCGGCGACUAGUCAACAACCUACCUCCUUCUCAACCUCGCUACAAAGAAAGACCAUUGUCCCAACGUCUUCCUCACCAAAGCUGCCGAGUGAAGACAUCGACACAAAGCCACUGUCCUCCGUAGAUUCUCUAAUCAACAAAUUUGAUAAUAAGGUCCAGAUGAGAGGAAGAACGGCGAGAAGGAGCCAGGCCCUGAAAGAUGAGCGCAAGCGGUCGCAGAGCUUGGACGGACGGCAGUCUCACCAGGACACUGCAGACUACAGAGAAGUACAGACCACAGAAAGGAGCAUACAACAGGAUCGGGGUCAGCUUUCUGACAACCGAUCAUUUGAUAGAGCAUCAAUAGAGAGAGAAGGUGUCAACAAGAGCAGGCUGACGAAAGAAUGGUUGGGAUUGACGCUGGAAGAUCCACUGACUCAGUCACAACAGAGAACUGUCCAGACGGAGCUACAGUUGAAGAGCACUCCAGACCUCCUGAAAGACCAGCAGCAAGAUGACCCCACUCGUGAGAUGAUUUACAGCAUCCUGCGGGACGGGUCUAAUGAGAGUGAUGCCACCCUGCGGAUAAAGACCAGUCUCCUCCUGGAGAAGAUUCAGUCCUUCCAAGCCUCCCCAGGAGAAGACACCAGGACACUGGUCUCUGAGAAGAAGGAGCUGGAGAGGAGAGUCAAGGAACUGCAGCAGCAGCUGGACGAUGAAAUGAAGCAGAGGAUGAGGCAGGAAGCUUCUCGUGAUCGUCCUAAGGCUUCCACGCAGAGACUUGAGGUGCAGCUGGAAGAGUCUAUGGAAGAAUGCAAGAAGCUGAAGGAGCUGCUGGAGAAGAAGAAGAACGAGCUAAACGGCAUGUCCCAGGAGUUAAUUGAAGUGCGGAUGAGUAAAGAACAAGUGGAAACAAAACUGAGGUCCCUGGAAGGGAAACUGCAAGACACCAAGGAAGAAGUAAACCAGAUGCGUUUAAAAGGAGUGAGCGGGGACAAGCAUGCUCUGCUGAAGGAGCUACAAGAAAUGCAGGAGGAGUUGGAUGCAGUUCUGCAGACCCGGUGGAAGCAGGACGAGCUACUGAGACAGAAGGAGAGAGAACUGACAGCCCUGAAGGGGGCGCUGAAAGAGGAGGUGGCCAGUCAUGACCAGGAGAUGGAGCGGGUCAGGCAGCAAUACCAGAAUGACAUGCAGCAGCUCAGGAAAAACAUGGACAGCGUUUCGCAGGACCAGCUAAGCCUGGAGUCUGAGCGUCAGAAGAUAAACCAGGUUGUCAGGAACUUGCAACGAGAGCUGGAGGAGAGCAGCGAAGAGAUCAACCAAUGGAAGGAAAUGUUCCAGAAGAAUAAGGAAGAGCUCCACAAAGCGAAGAAGGAGGUUUUGCAGUUGAAUCUCGAGAAAGAGGAGUCUGAGGACGAGCUGAAUGAGAUGAAAAAUCGCUUCUCCCUGCUACAGUCAGAGUUGGGGCAGAUGAAGAAUGACUCGGUGGAUGCCGGGGAAGUGGAAGGCACAAGGAAGGAGCUGCAGAGAUUCCAGGAUCAGGUGAAUCAGCUAAUGCAGGAGAAGCAGAAGUUGGAAGAGACUUUACGCCAGCGAGACCGGGAAUUGUCUGCCCUGAAGGGGGCGCUGAAGGAUGAAGUGUCUGGACACGACCAUGACCUGGAACAACUGCGCGAACAGUUCAGUCGAGAGCUGCAGCAGUCCAAGAAACAGCAUGAGGAGCAUGUGCGGGAGCUGGACAAGUUCCAGGACCAAGUGAAACCUCUGAUGCUGGAGAAGCAGAGGCUGGAAGAGACUCUGCACCAGCGGGACAGAGAACUAUCUGCUCUGAAAGGAGCGCUAAAGGAUGAAGUGUCUGGUCAUGACCGUGAGGCGGAAAAGAUGCGGGAACAGUUCAACAAGGAGGUGCAACAGACCAAGAAAGACUAUGAGGAGCUUCAGAAGGUUAAGAAAAAUCUGGAGACUGAUAAGUCCGAUGCUGAUCGUAUGCGGCAAGUGAUCGAGAACACCUUACAGGAAACUCGUGAUGAAAACGAUGAUCUCCGCAGAAAGAUUCUAGGGCUGGAGGCUCAAGUGAAGGAGCUGAAGACAUUUUGUGAUGAUCUCCAGAGGGCAGAGACUCGGCUCAAGGACAAAAUUAGCAGAAUGGAAGCAGACCGAAAGAGGAUGGAAGAGUCUCUUGGAGAAGCCACAGACCAGGGCCAAGAAUUUGCCAUAACACGGAGGGACCUGGAGAACAAGCUGGACGAGGCUCAGAGGAACCUGAAGCGCCUGACGUUGGAGUAUGAAGAGCUGCAGGAGUGUUACCAGGAGGAGAUGAGGCAAAAGGACCAGCUCAAGAAGACCAAGAAUGAGUUGGAGGAGCAAAAGCGGCUGCUGGACAAGUCUAUGGAUAAACUAACCAGAGAGUUGUAUCUGAUUAAGAUAUGA